AUGUCCCCGACUCCUGUGGACGACGCACCGGUCCUGGGCGCCUUCCGCAUUACUGGCGGGCGCUCGUUCUACGACACGGCGUCUGUCGAGAUCAUCGACCAGCUUUUACUGCCCCACCAGGAGGUCUGGGAGGAGGUCUCGACGAUUGAGGGAGCUUUCGACGCGAUCAAGACGAUGAAGAUCCGCGGCGCACCAGCAAUCGCAUCGCUCGCCUCGCUCGGAAUCGCCGCAGAGCUCCUUAACCUCCUCAACAACCGUCCUUGCCCCUCUUUCCCUGCUGCCACCCUCUCUGCCCCUCCUGCCGAGCUUCUCAAGCUCCUCCUCGACCGAACCGCCUACCUCCUCACCUCCCGCCCAACCGCCGUCAAUCUCCGCGAAGCCCUUUCCCGCAUCGAAGCCUCCGCAAAGGCAGAAGCGUCGGCCCAGGGCGCGACUGCCGAGUCGCUCGCGAAGAAAGUCAUUGAUGUUGCGGUCGGUGUCUGGGUUGAGGACAAGGAGAGGUGCGAGAAGAUUGGGAAGAACGGCGCCAAGUGGAUCUUGGAGAAGCUUGAGCGGGAGGGGACGAUUCAGAAGGGCGAGAAGAUUGCGGUUCUUACGGUCUGCAACACCGGCUCGCUCGCUACUUCUGGCUACGGCACCGCGCUCGGCGUCAUCACCUCGCUUCACAAGCAAAACCGCCUCGAGCACGCCUACUUUGCCCAAACCGGCCCCUACCAGCAAGGCGCGCGCUUGACGGCUGUCGAGUUGGCGAGUCUUGGUGCGCCGAACACGAUGGUGUGCGAUACGGCUAUUGGAGCGUUGUUGGGCGAGAAGAGGGUGCAUUUGUUUGUUGCGGGCGCCGACCGCAUCGCCUCGAACGGCGACACGGCCAACAAGAUCUCGACCUACCAGAUCUCGCUCCUCGCUCACCACCCUCACCCGCACUCGCCUAACCCUCCCGUGCCCGUCCUCGUCGCCGCACCCCUCACCACUCUCGACCUCUCCAUGCGCUCUGGGCGAGAAAUCGAGAUCGAGCAACGUCCUUCCUGGGAAGCCUGCACGGUGCGCGGACGGGUCGUCGAUCCCGCCAAGGUCGCGAAGGGGCAGAUGGUCUCCCCCGCGAAGGAGGGCGAAAAGGUUCAGGUCGAGACGGUGCUGGUUACGCCGCCCGGAACUAACGCGUGGAACCCGGCUUUCGAUGUCACGCCUGCGAGCUUGAUUGAGGGGAUUGUUACGGAGGUUGGGGUGGCGGAGAAGAAGGAGGGGGAGAAUGAGUAUGACUUGAGGGCGUUCGUGGAGGAGAAGACGAAGGCGUAG